AGUGGAGACAUGAGCCGGGCGAUGGCAAUUGCGCCGUGAUCGUGAUCGUUUCGCUACAAUUCAAAGCGUGAGGAGUACGAAGCGCUCGAGCGCUGCGCGACAGGCUGCCGUCGCGAGUCGAGUGACGACGAACCGUCCCCGCGCACUGACUGUUUGGUGCCCCUUUGUGUGUGUGCGUGCCUGUGUCUAUUUUUGCUCUUGCACUGCAGCGCCCAGAGCCGAGGAGGAGCAUCUCGUCGCGUCCUGCGGGAGUCGGAUUGCUUUCGGAGCUUUCCGUGGGUUAUAAAGCCCCCGACGCUCUCCUCCGAUCCAUCCGCGGAAGUAUCUCGGAUCCGCGCUCUUCAGCAGCAUCUCCGGCCUUAUCUUCCGAACCAUCACAAGCCGAGAGUGUAACGCUUGUGUGCAUGAAUUGUGAGCUGGAAUGCUGUCUGCCGGUUUGUUAGUGGCAUUAGCUGACGCUGUGUGAGACGGUUUGUUCUUGAGCCCGAGAAAUCGCAUGAUCUUACGAGAAAGAACGAGCUCGUUCAUAACGAAAUCCCGUAGACUCGCAAGGAGUUGAAGUGAGCACUCGAAGGGGUGAACUGGGAGAGGAGAGAUGGAGGCCAUUACUGGUCUAGCUCAAAGUAAGAGAAAUGGGAAAAACGAAUCGCCCUGGGUCUCUGUUUUCAAUCUCUGUAAUGCUGCCAUCGGAGCUGGAGUGCUUUCCUUCCCAUACGGUUUCAGGCAAACCGGUGUUGUGGGAGGUUUAUUUUUCACGGGUAUUAUUUGGGUUAUCGAGGUUUUUGCUUUGUGCCUCCUAGUUAGAGUUGCAGAAAAAUAUAACUCGCAAUCUUAUCAGGUAAAGUUUUUGUGCGAAAAGUGUCAUUUCAAAUUUCCUUACUUUUUGUCCAGUAUGGUCUCGUUAACUUUGAAACUCCUUCUUUCGAUUUAUGCCAAAUUUCUUGUAACAACAGAAGACAAUGAUUGGCAUGUUUGCAAAAGCUUGUACCAUGCAUUCUCCCAUGAUUAUCGUUUGUCAGGUUUUUGAUCAGAUUACGGUUGAUUCACAAGUUCAAUUUAAGGCUCGUCAUGAUGCGCUUAUUUGUUGCCAACGGCUUGUUGUCCAUGGUUGUACUGUACUGUUAAUAGCUCGCAGUUUUAUCGUAUACUGAUAUAAUUUUCUUGCAAGAGGGGCUUAUGAAUUAAGUUUGUUAUCUCAACAAACGAUUCUGCUCCAAAACCGUUCUCGAUACUAACGAUAUUUCUUAGAGCCGUCCUAGCUCUUGGCCAGAAUUUGUUAUCUCAACAAAUGAGGCUGUAACGAUGUAUGAAUAAUUUAUGCUUGUUGGAUGCUUAGACUGCAGGGUUGUAGUUCUGACGGCUCGUAGAGCAACUGGCCCCAAGAAAAUCUGGCACUAAUAACUGCGUGCCUUUUACAGCAAUUGGUACUCUCAGUACUCGGGUCCAAAAUGGCUAUUAUCACUUCUGUGACCAUGAUCACAUUCUUGAUCGGGUCAAUGAUCUCCUACCUGAUCAUUACAGGUACUCUCCUCAAAGCAGACAUCAGUUCAGAUAUGACUGGAUAUUGGAGAUCAAAGAAACCAAACCCUACAAGACAUGAACUAUUCUGGCACCAACACACAAGAGUUCACCGAUCUGUGCCUUUUCCAUCUAUAAGACCCCACGUUGAAACCUGAUUCUCACAACGACCGGAUGAAUCUUAACUGAUCCAGCUGGUCGUAAUGAUCCAACUGGCCGUAGUAUGCAUUUGACAAUGGGUUUGGUUUUGUCUGGAACUUCUUGUUCUUCCUCCGAAGUCUCUGCCCAAUCAUUCUGUGGUUAGAAGGAUAAGUUGUCGAGUGCAUGAAUCUACAUAAUCGUAGGCCCACUGGUCAAAUUACUUGUACACGACCUUCAAGCAAUUACUGCUGGCUGUGUCUCCUUCGUAUACAUAGUGAAAGGAUUCGUGCGUUGAGAUGGUCGCCUGAAACUUCCUCUUUCAGUCGCCUCACCUCUGCCUGCUGAUUGGAAAAGCUGAAAUUCUGAUAGAUGUUUUGAGUCUGAGAAAUGGGAUGAGUCCUUACGUUUCUCCCACUAAAACUUGCAUAAUCGUUUCCAGCAAAUGGUGCUUUCCGCCUUGGGGCCCAAUAUGGCUGUUCUUACUUCUUUGGUCAUGCUCAUUUUACUGUAUGGUGGCGGUAUCUCAUAUCUGCUCAUCACAGGUAAACGUUAGUAUUGUCGUCCUGCGUGUACUGGAAAAUGCGUGCGCUAGCUGCUAUUCCAGUACACGCACGAUGUGCAGUAAGUAGACCCAUAUCCUCUCUUUGGAAUUCCUUCUGUCAGCUAGCUCAUCCAGCAAGAUAGUCUUUUCAGCUGCUUCUUCCACGGACAGAGUUCACGUUAUUGCUUGGCUGUAUUUUCAGGAGAUGUCUUCGAACCUGUUUUUGCUGAUCUCUUUGGGGAGAGCUCAUAUUUGGCGAAUCGCAGAGUCGUGAUACUCUUCUUUGCCUUCGUGGUGAUCUUGCCACUGGCUAUGAAGACCACCUUGAAAGCACUCAAAUACAGCAGCGUUAUAUCAAUCGUAAUGCUCACGUACCUGACUAUUGCGCUGGUGAUUAUUGGGAUCAGCAGUCUGAUCUCCAAGGGCUUUCCGUCUGAUAUAUUGGUAUGGCGAGCUGGACAGCAUGCGUUCAUAAUCAUAGACAUCGUCGUCUUUGCCUUCCAGUGCCAUAUCCAGGUUGUUCCGAUUUUCGCCGAGCUUGCCGAAAUGCCGAAACCCUUUUUCGGCAAUGGAAAAGGGCCACUUGAGGAGCGCCUCCUGGAUGAUGAAGUUUUAUCGCAAGUAACUUCUAGACAAAGAUCAGAACGAGUGAAGAGGAUGGAUGCGGUUAUUUUUGUGUCCAUGUCAAUCUGCCUCAUCGGUUACUGCAUGGUUGGAGAAUUUGGAUACCUGAUUUUUCCAGAUGUUGAUAGCGACGUCUUGAAGAAUUUCGGCAACGCCAACGUGUUCAUGAAUUUUGCUCGCAUCGGCAUGGCUGUAGUAGCAAUGGUCUGCUAUCCACUGCAAUCGCAUCCUGCUCGAUCAAUUGUUGAUGACGCUUACAAAGCAAUAUCCAAAGCACCUGUACAUGCCUUCUCCUGGACACGGCACAUUGUAAUUACUCUAAUAUUCUUCGUGUCCACUCUGGCCGUAGCACUCAUCAUAAGCGAUCUCGGAACGGUGUUCUCAAUAGUGGGCUCCACAGGAGGUGUCAUGGUUGUAUUUAUCAUUCCUGGAGUACUUCUGAUCAGAGGCAUAUACAGUCCACCCGUUGGAUAUGUUCAACAAACUAUAGAUGAAGAGGAGGCUGUGAAGCUGAGCACGAGCACGAGAACCGGAUCCCAAAAGUGUGUACAAAUUGUUGGAGGCACUCUAAUCAUAGCUUUUGGGUUGCUUAUCUUUUCCGCCACAUCCUAUGUAACUGCCACAGGAAUGAUUAGCUAGAUUACAUCUCUUCCAUUCAUCACCAUCGCAAUCAGUAAUCCCUUUGUUAUGAUUCU